AUGGAUUUGGCUGAAUUAAAACGUAUAGUCGAAGAUAAAAUAUCUCUUUUAGCCGCAUCUGAAGCAAUGCGUAAGGAAGAGAAGGAAAAGAGUCAGAGGGACACAUUUAUCCGUAUUGAUUUAGAAAGCCAAAUUGCAGUUCUCAAAAAGAACUCAGAAAGACGUGAGAAGAAGCUCGCGGAAUUAAGUGACGAGAAUGCAGAGUUAAAAUACGUGAUAAUCGAUAAUGAAAGAGAUAUAAAAAACCUAGAAAGCAGGGUAAACCAACUAAGCAAGUCUAGAGAGGACCAAAAAGUUAGUGAAAACGUUGUGGUAGUCGAGAACCAAGUCAACAAGACUAUUAGUCGUAUGAAGUUGAAGAACGACGAUAUUGAUGAUAUUUGUAAUAUCAUUUGCAACAGCACAGUAGAGAAAUAUGGUGAACGUGCUUGGUUCCAUUUAAAUAAUUAUGGUUACAGCAAAAUCGAAGAGAAACUCGAACAGCUAACCCAAGUAGUAUUUUAUAACAAGGAAAGUUGUAUCAAGUUUCGAGAUAUCACUAGAGAAUAUAUCGUUAACAAUGGAGGUCAAAUGGAAUGGAACGGUUACGUCAAAUAUAUGAAGGAUCACGACAACAAGGCAGAGCGUGAAAAUAAGUUAAGAAUGAGUUUGAAGGAGGCCAAGGGAAAGAUUAAUAUUAAGGUCAGGUAUCCAAUUGGUGAUGUUUAUAGAGAAGACGUUGCUAAGAAGAGUGUGGAGGCUACUGUUCAGUUUAAAACAUUGGAUGGAAAAAUGUCAACCGAAAUGAAGUUUUAUGCAAUUAACAUGGAGCAUGAUAUGGUAAUCGGGUUGGAUUUUUUGGUAGAUUCGGUACAGUCGUUACGUAUUGAAGAUCCUCACAUUAUCAAAAUAUUUAAGGAUGCAGAUAAUAAUAAAUUAGCUCAUAAAGUUAAGUUAACCUUAUUCGAAAAGGAUAAGAAGGUCGUUGAUAAUCAUUCGAAGGUGGUAGCCAGUGGUAGUUUUAAAGAUCUACAGGUGAAUGGUAGAAUGUUAAUGUCGAUGAAGACGUUAAGGAUAACCGUAACGAAAGGUGCGGUUGUUAACGACAAAGUAAGUGAUCAUGUUGAAAAAACUGAUAAAGUAGUUAGUGAAGUAGCAGCUAGCAAGGUGGUCCCAAAAGUAGUGGAUGAAUUAAACAAAGAACAGCUGGAUGCGAAAGUUAAAGAAUAUACAGAUUGGAUAAAUAAUAAGUUCAAGGAUGUUUUGGUGGAAUCAUUACCAAAUUUCACACCUCCAGUCAAUUGGUUUUUGUUGUGA